UCACACAUCUUUUUACCUUACCCAAGGAUACGCUUUUAUAUUUUAUGUAACUCGAUUGAAUUUUGCCAUUUUCAGGAUGUUGUGGAUAGCUGUGACGCUUCAUUAGAGUUUUGUACCGAUAUAGAUACUAUAAAUGAGACAGAAUUGAAGCGACUACAAACUGUUUUUUGGUUAGAAUUAGCGGCAAUUUUUGACCGUAAUCAUGUGUCACUGGACAAGCGAAAACCGUUCAAGCGACGACGCAAAGAGGAAGGUAACCUCUUCGGAGUUUCUCUGAAUGCGCUUAUAAGACGCGAUCAACAAAUAACAGGAAGGGACUCUACGUUGGUGCCGUUAUUCCUUGAAGGUAUUUUAGAAGAGCUGACGAAACGUGGUGCUAGAGAAGAAGGUAUCCUGCGCGUCGCCGGGCACAAGCAAAAGACUGAAAUACUAUACAAUGAACUGGAGUCAAGCUUCUAUCAGAAGCCUAAAAAGUUUACUCAGCUAUUGAGCUCAGCCAGUGUUCAUGAUCUAAGUGCACUACUUAAGCGUUGGUUGAGGGAAUUGCCUCAACCGCUACUUACCAAUGAGCUCAUUCAGCUAUUCUAUCAAUGCCAUGCUUUACCCCUUUCGGAUCAAUCCAAAGCCCUAGCGAUUAUUUGCCAGAUGUUGCCGCAUGAAAAUCGAAAUACGUUACGAUCGUUGCUACGCUUUCUGAACAAUGUCAUUGAGCAGAAAGAAUACAAUAAGAUGAAUAUGCAUAAUGUAUCAACAAUAAUUGCGCCGUCAUUUUUCCCGCCACGUUACAUACAUCCAAUUGACAAGAAUAGCAUUGAAGAGCAAGUUAAGAUGGCUGCUCAGUGCUGUCGUCUUACUAAUAUGCUGAUAACACGUGGUGAGUCGCUGUUUCAAGUGCCAAAUUGCUUAAUUGAGGAUUCCAAAUCAAGUAAAACGCGGCAGGGUAAACGCCUUUUACAUAGACGCCUUAAAGCCACAACUUCGUUACUUCAUCCGAGUAUUAGCAAUAAUACAGGUGACACUAGCCACCAUCAUAUUCAUUUGCGGUCGAACCACCAGGAAAAUAGUCACCUAGUCAAUGUGGUGACUGUGGAUGGUAGGGAUACCGUCAAGCGUCAACAGUCAAUUAAUCCAAGUCAUGUGCACCGUCUAAUCAUUUGAUCCUUAUGGGGAGUAAGUUGAUCCAGCAGCAUAUAUGUAUGUGUGCAAAACUAUUUAGUUAAACUCUCAAGUAUGUAUAUGCAUAAGCAGAACAACACAUGUAUGUAUG